AAAUUUACGAAAAUAAAGAUGGAAAAAUCUUCCGAGGAAAGGCUUCAUUUGAUUUUUUUUCAAUUUAUUGAUAUAUACAUAAAGUUAACUAUCAUUUUCGGAUUUAAUUUAAAGGAUUGCAAAGAGUUUCAAAUGGAUGUAAACCUAAACAAGCCCACAGGACCUUGCAGCAAUCUGAGUAGCAUAAUGACAGCAAACAUGGAUACUCUUGUGAAUCAAACAGAAGAAGAGAAACAACUUAUGUUGGAGGAAAGAAAUACUACAGACAAAGUCGUGGCCUCUGAUGAUGGUAUCAAAGAAAACGUAGUUGCAUCUCCUGAUGAAAUCAUUGAAGAUAUGGGAGGGUGUGGUCGAUUUCAAAUCCGUAUGUCUGUUGUUGUACAUCUAAUCAAGACCAUAUUCUGCUUUAGCUUCACAAAUCUUAUGAUUUUCACUUCUACAACGGCAUGGUUCUGUGCAAAUUCUGAAAUGUUUACAAACAGUACAUCAGCACAUAUUGGGUCUCCAGUUUGCUUGAAGCUAAAUUGUAUAGAGACAUGUAAAUCGGAAAAUGGCACUAAAUGUGAAAGCUUUGUAUUCAGUGAUAAACUGAAAACCGUUAAUGGAGAGUUUAAUCUUGUAUGUGACCGAGAUUUUAUUCCAAGUACAAUAAGUUCACUGCAGCUGGCAGGAUCAUUGGCUGGCAACGUGAUUUCCGGCCAUGUGGCAGACCAGUUUGGUAGAAAACUUCCAUUCUUCAUGUCAAUACUAUUGGUCCUUUUGUUUAACUUCCUCGGCUUUUUCGCAUCGGCAUGGCAGAUGUUUGCUGUAUGUACAUUUUUCACCGGUUUAGGGUACGGAGUAUUCACAGCAACCCAAUAUAACAUUUUGUCCGAGUUUACACUGGCAAAAUGGCGAACAUGGAUAGUAGGUUUUCCAUCAUGGCCAAUACAACAAAGCAUUUUCGCUCUGUGCGCAUGGUUAGUUCAUGACUGGAGGUACAUGCAAUUAAUUACAGCGUUAAUGGCAAUUCCGUGCUUGUUUGCAUGGCUGAUUAUACCAGAAAGUUUUCGAUGGCAUAUUGCUCGAAAUGACUACAUGAAGGCAAAACAGGUCAUUAAAACUGUAGCCAAAUUUAACGGUCAUGAACAUGAUAUUUGUAUAGAUAAGGUGUUUAGUAGACAAGAGAAAUUCAAAAAGCAAACAUACACAUUUGUUAGCUUGUUCAAGACGCUUGCAAUGGCUCGGGUAACGAUUUUGCUGAUCCUAAACUGGAUCGCCCUGGGCGUGGUCGGUUAUGGUAUAUGGUUUGGCAUUCAGGCUCUCUCUGGAAACAUCUUUCUGAACUUGUUCUUGUUCAGUGUAACAAGCAUUCCAUCAAAAACAUUAGGCAUUUUCCUUUGCAACAAAUUUGGGCGACGUAAAACCACUAUUUUGUGUUUCCUGAUAGUGACUUUUGCUGGCACCGUUAUUGGAUUGCUCCAUACAGUUAAACACAAUUUCACGUUUACAGAUCAGAUGACAAAUAUUCUAGCAAUUAUCGCUAACACGAGCAUAAGUGCCGCAUGGUCAUCGGUGCAAACGAUGACCGUUGAGUUAUAUCCAACAGUUAUCAGAAACAUCGGCUUUGGAACCUUGAGUUUUUUAGGUGGAAUUGCUGCUGUGAUUGGACCACAACUUGUCUAUUUUAACACUUGGCUACCUGGACUUCUGUUCUAUGUAUGUGGUGGUAUAUCAUGUAUAUGUGCGGUUGGUACGUUCUUUCUGCCAGAAACUAUGGACAAAUAUUUGAAAGACGACAUAUAAUGACAAAACCCAGCAGCUGCUGUUGAAGAUGUUCUUGUAUGUCUUAAAAUAUGGCGUGAAAUUUACUAUACAAAAUGUUCAACAUAAUAUAAAUAUCAACUAUCAAA